CAAAACGUGUAAGCUCUGCGGUUACUUUUGUUGCAACUAGUAGGGAAAAAUGUAUGUUGGUGCUCCAGGUUUAGAAUAACUCCUAGCUUUUUAAGGAAUCCAUACUCUCUUUAUUAGUAAUCUUGUUUUAGGCGUCAGUAAACAUUUGUAAACACUUAAGUCAAAUUAAAAUUGAAAACAUGUUAGACGACGACAUUGCUGCAUUAGUCAUUGAUAAUGGAUCCGGGAUGUGCAAAGCAGGUUUUGCUGGUGAUGAUGCACCACGUGCAGUAUUUCCAUCUCUUGUUGGGAGACCUAAGCAUCAGGGCGUAAUGGUCGGCAUGGGACAAAAAGACAGCUAUGUCGGCGACGAGGCUCAAAGCAAACGUGGUAUAUUAUCUUUGAAAUAUCCAAUUGAGCACGGUGUUGUAACAAACUGGGAUGACAUGGAAAAGAUUUGGCAUCACACUUUCUACAACGAACUUAGGGUGGCGCCCGAAGAACACCCAGUUCUUUUAACCGAAGCGCCACUUAACCCAAAGGCAAACAGAGAGAAAAUGACACAAAUUAUGUUUGAGACGUUUAAUGCACCAGCUAUGUACGUUGCAAUUCAAGCUGUACUAUCUCUUUAUGCAUCUGGUCGAACAACAGGCAUCGUAUUGGAUAGCGGUGACGGGGUGUCGCACACUGUACCGAUUUAUGAAGGCUACGCACUCCCACACGCCAUCUUGCGUCAAGAUUUAGCUGGGCGAGACCUCACGAACUACUUGAUGAAGAUUUUGACUGAACGUGGAUAUUCCUUUACUACAACAGCGGAACGUGAGAUAGUUCGGGACAUCAAGGAGAAAUUAUGUUACGUAGCUUUAGAUUACGACCAGGAAUUGGCAACUGCGGCAACCAGUAGCUCUCUUGAGAAAAGUUACGAGCUGCCUGAUGGGCAGGUGAUUACUAUCGGGAACGAACGAUUCCGUUGUCCAGAAGCCAUGUUUCAACCCACAAUGUUAGGCAUGGAAUCUACAGGAAUUCAUGAGACUACGUACAACUCCAUUAUGAAAUGCGAUGUGGAUAUCCGAAAGGACUUGUACGCCAAUACCGUGCUUUCUGGUGGUUCCACCAUGUAUCCAGGGAUCGGUGAUCGGAUGCAGAAAGAAAUCACCUCCCUCGCUCCGAGUACCAUGAGGAUCAAGAUCAUCGCUCCUCCGGAGAGAAAAUACUCCGUAUGGAUCGGAGGAUCCAUUCUUGCCUCGUUAUCCACCUUCCAGCAAAUGUGGAUAAGCAAGCAAGAGUACGACGAGUCCGGGCCCUCAAUCGUCCACCGAAAAUGCUUUUAAGAAACAGUGAAUUUCAUGUGAAAUGUCAUGUUUUCUUGUUGAGUUCCCUCUAAUGGUAUCAUAGCGCAAGUCGGUGGUUUUUCGGAAAUAAAACGAUUUUCAAAGUG